AUGACACGUACUAGCCUAGGUCCUUUCAAUAUUCGGUUACAUCAUGACUAGUUUGAAUGACACGUACUAGCCUAGGUCCUUACAAUAUUCGGUUAUGUCAUGACUAGUUCGAAUGACACGUACUUGUAAAAGAAAUUCAAGGGGAAAACUGGUAACGACCAUUCGGGUAUAUUAAAGCAGAUAAUGGAUGGUCAAGACUCUCACAAACUAAAGUGGUUUUCUAGUAAGAGUAGCUAUUAAUUACAAGGCUGCGUUACUAUACUUCGUCCAAAGAGAAAUACUUUAAUAUUUGCUAUAAUAUCCAUCAGUCGUUAAGGUGGCGAGUAUAUAGUAACCAGCGAGAGAGCUCGACGUCUUAAUUUCGGUCUUGUUCGCACACGAGAUGGAGCCUUACGUUGGCGUCUUGGUGGCUUUCCACGUGGUGCUGAUGGCGGUGGGUAUACCGGGAAACCUCCUCGUUUUUCUCGUCACGGCGAGUCGCACUCCAAAAAAGAGCGUUCACGUUUUCGUCAUCGCUCUCGCCGUCGCCGACCUCCUUGCCUGCUGUCUCAUGCCGUUCAGUAUCCAUUACUGGCUGACCUUCAACAAUCAACAAUCCAGCAUCUUAUGCAAAAUCCAUAUCUUCACCGACUUCGUCAGUGUUUUCACCUCCAUGUUCCUCACCACCGCUGUGGCCUUUGAUCGCUACAUCGCAGUUUGUUAUCCUCUGAAGACAAUCCUCAACUUACCACGAUCCUUCAAGGUGUGUGUAGGAUGUUUCGUGAGUGCCUUUGUAUGUAGCCUGCCAUCCGUGUUUGCUUUUGAUAUCCGCAGCUAUGGGCCUUCGGUGUCUAACUGCACACCAACGGCCCACCAUUGGCUCUCACGCGGCAUCUACGGCAUAAUUGUCUUCACUUUUUUGCUGUCCACUGCUGUACUGAUCAUACUCUACUUGCAAAUGUGCAUCAUGAUUCGGCGCCAGGCCCAUUUCAGGGCCCGUGUGGCACCUGCUCCCAAUCCUGCACCCAUGCACGAAUCACCUUCUCCAAAUGACAUUCAAACCAUAUCUGAUAAAGUUCCCGUGGCGACCAGCUCAACCAACAGAUCCAUCGAGGACUACAAGGUUCCAGAAUCAUCUUCCAUGCAUCGUUCACUAAUUGGUCCCCACCUAGCAGUCCCUGUGACAUGUGCAUGGCCCCAGAGUCUGUACAAAUCUGAAAGCACCCUUCAGCCGCUCCCUGAGAAAACAGACCGACAGAACCGCAACGCUCGUGUUGCUGGGGCUGUGGCUGAUGGAAUGAAGAAUAAGACAACGAAGAUGCUGAUUAUGUCUACGGUCGUCUUCAUCGCGUCCUGGCUACCGAACAUCCUCAUCAAAGCCAUUCCCCGGACACAGUACCAAGGACUCCCCCAGUUACAUCCUGCUAUACUCAUUACAACAAAAAGUUUAGAAUAUCUCUUCCUUAUUAAUCACGCAGUCAAUCCUUUCGUUUACAAUUUAGUCAACAAAAGAUUUCGAGGGCUCUGUGCAGAGAAAAUCAAGACACUUCGACGAAAAUUCACUAAUUACAUUGGUUGAGGAACACAACUUAAAAUUGCCUUAUCAUCUCAAAAGUGCACAUUGGCGCAUUAAUAUUGUACACACUUUUAGAAUGUGAUGCUUGAGUUACAUUGAAUGAAAUAUAAAUCUUGGUCCUAGGUUUGAUGUAACAUCUUUAUUAUUAUGUUAUAUGUAUUUUCUUGAAUAAAGACGAAUAACGUUUGAUUAUUAAGAUGACAUACAUUUCAUCUUCUAGCAGGAUUGGAAUUGAAACCCUAUAGUCUGGCGCGGCUGCGAUGACGUAACGUAUUUCAAUGGCAUAAGUCAAGAUUGAGACUUCAUUGCUUAAACAUAUGAUGACAUUUUGUAACAUGCUGUAGAGUAGGGCAAUGUUGUAACAAACUAAUUUUUACAUUAGAUUAAAAUGCGGCAUGUGUACAAUUUUUAAAUGAAUAUAAUUGUAUAGCAUGAAAUAUUUGUAUACAUUUGCUAAACUGGUUACCAUCAUACUUGAGAGGCAGAAGGUAAUAUGUAACUAUUAAUGGGAAAAAUUCUUCUGUCAAAAGAAUUCACACAGGUGUACCCCAAGGAUCGUUCUUUGUACCGCUGCUAUUUACAAUUUUCAAAAACGAUUAUCGACAAGUGUUACUAGUUGAGACGUUUUUGCUUUUGCCGACGAUGCAACCCUAUCAGUACAUGGGUCCACAGUUCGUGAAAUUGAAUCGAAGUUGAAGCCAGCAUUACAUGAAGUUUAUUCUUGGACUCAGAAGAAUAAUUUCGUACUAAAUACAAACAAAACUAAGGUUGUGAUCAAAGGAUCAAGACAGAAAAUUCAAACUCUUAGUGAAAAUGAACUUCAUGCUCACAUUAGACCCUCAUGCACAAGUUGAAUCCGUAUCUGAAUAUAAAAGCCUUGGUGUAGUUUUGGACAAUUACUUGUCGUUUUCUAAUCAUGUUGACAGAGUAGCGCUAAAGAUGAAACAGAACUUAGGUGUUAUCAGACAAAUUAAAAAAAAUUCAAUAAGCGUUACUUAAGUAUGUUGUACUAGGGCUAUGCUUUUCCAAAUACAAUGUACUGUUGCAAUGUUUGGUCAAAUAGAUCACAGAAUAAUUAUGAGAUACUGAAUAAAUUGCACAAGCGGGCAGCAUACAUCAUAGCUGGCCAUCUGCAACAAAUGCAUACAAAAUCGUUACUCUGCAUGGUCUUUUUUCACCAUCUAACUCCCUAUAUUUUGGGAGACAAAUUUAUUUUCCACGAUGAUGUGGCAGUACGGAAGACGUUAGACACACACACACACACACACACACACACGCACACAUACACACACUUACUCUUACCCUUCACAUUAAUGUAAAAUUUAUAUUCAAAUUUGCAUUUAAAUAUUUUGUAACAUGGUAUGCAAUUAUUAUUGGUUGUAUAAUGAAAUGUUCAAUUUUGUCUUAUUCACAAGUUUUUUGGAAUGUUUCUAGUUUGUUUGUAUUUAAAGGUCUUCGACAAAAUAACAGUGCAUACGCUGAUUGGGCGACCCUUUUUACAUAUAUGAAAUAAAUAAAUAAAUAAAUAUUCUCGCAUACCCAGACAAUCAAUUGUGCUUUAAAAAAAAAAACAGGUGUUACUAACGUUAGUAUUGUUCCUUGGAAACAUCGAUGUCACAAAAAUUGUCUGCCCCUACAUUUGUGUUUAUACUUACACUUUGA